AUGUAUACUUGGUGUAUACUGAGCAUAAACCGAUCCGCUAGGGUUUGCACUCACAGGCUCAGGCGGAACGCUCAGGAGGAACACAAAAGCGGAACGGUCUGUCGGAACGCGACAUUUUUUCGUGAGCACUGUUGGUGUUCAUCAAUUUAUAAGACCAUUCCUGAUUGUCAAUCAUAUACAUACACUCCAAAACAGCUUAGACCAAAAAACUUAGUGCUCAAAGGAAUUUAUGGGGGGUAUGACGAAAACGAUGUUAAAGUAGCACUCCUAGCCCAAAACUUUGAACAAGCUACUAUCACCAAACUACUUCUUCAUAGUACAAGUUACCAGCAACAGCCUAACAGAGCAAUCCAAGGCGGAGGUACAGCCAUCAUAAUAAAACGAGACCUCAACUCCGAAAAAAUUCACUUUCCCAGCUCAGCUGCUAACUCUAUACUGGAAUUCACAUUAGUGAAAUUCCAACUCAAAAACAAUUCUAAACUAUAUAUAAUCAGCGCCUACGCUACUAAUGAUAAUAAAAGAUUAUUCUUGGACGAACUCAAUACCCUUCUGGACGGAAUUGGAGCCACAGAUCCAAAAAACUAUUACGUGAUAGCUGGCGACCUCAAUAUCCGCAAUAAAGAUUGGGGCGACGAAAAAAACAACCAACGAGGCUUAAUAUUUAAAAAAUGGAUUGAGCAAGACUCAAUAAACUACAAAGCUACCAUUUACCCACCAGCAUACCCCACCUUCAAACAAAGUAAUUCCUACCUGGACAUAAGCAUAGCAGACUCAAGAAUCAACGUAUCCACCAUCAAGAACAAUAAGCUUAAAUGCCUGGAGUACGACAGUGAUCACAAUGCGAUCUCAAUGGAAAUAAGCAUUGAAGCAGACUCUUUAGAUAACCUAAUCAAUGAAACAUCACAACAUAGACAUAGAUUCAAAUCAACAAAAUGGAAAAAGUUCACAAAAGAUCUUGAAAAGCCUGCAAUUAAGACCCUGAAGGAUGAAAUCCACAAAGAAUUUGUGAAAUCAGCGACGAGCUACUGGACCGGUCUACUGAAACAAAUCGAUCACCACCCAAAAAAAAAAAUUAGCAUCGCGGACAUCAAGCUAAAACCAAACGACUCUUUAAUCGUAAACCACAAAUGCAUCACAAACAGAGCCUCGCUAAAAAAUAACCAACUAACCAUCUCAGGUCCCGUAGAUAAACUCGAUAUAAUUGGUAAUCACUUCGAACGCAUAAAUUCACCUAGAUACCUAAACGAUGGCACAGCCACACGAGAAAUAUAUAACUUCAGCAAAUGGCUAAUAUUCAUGAUUCUUGAAUCAAUCACCGAAAAAUCGUUCAUAACCUGGGAUGGAACUAAUAUCUCGAUUUCAACAAGGCACACUCAAUUAACCCAUCUACUUCAUAAUCCUGACAGCGAAAAUAAUUUCAACAUUAAACCAGACUGUUGGAAAUUUGCUAACCAUCAGAAACCAUUCGCAGAUGAUGCAAUAAUUUAUCUCUCAGGAACAUCAGUGCCCACUCUGCAAAAAAAACUCCAAACAGCAGCCGACGACCUUAUCUUCAACUAUUCUUUAAAAUGGAACCUUCGAGUAAACCCAAUAACAGUACCAAGGAAAACAACAGUUCGAUACCUCGGCGUACACUUAGAUUACACCCUCAAAAAUAAAGACCACCUGGACACUCAACUCAAAGCAGCCUCAAACGCCUUCAAAUCCAACAGUAGAAUUUUUUAUAGCAAAUAUCUCUCAGUGAAAGCCAAAAUCAUCUGCUACCAGCUCCUAGUGCGACCCAUACUCACCUACGCCGCACCAAUAUGGUGGAACUCCAAUCCUACCACAAUGGAAAAGCUUAGAGCUUUCGAGAGACGAUGUUUAAGAGCCUGCACGGGACUAUACAGGGCAAGUAAAUCAAACUACCAAAAAUUCGUCAGUAAUGAAAAGCUCUACGAAGCUGCAGAUAUACCCAGAAUCGAUAAUUUUAUUAUCAAACUCGUCCGCGAUUAUUUCGCAAAGCUUCCAGAGAUCAACAACGAAAUAAUAAACAAUUUAGCGAAAAUAAAAGAAGACCAAAUCGAACACGGAAAU